UACACCUUGUGCAACCGGUCUUUUUUUUUCGUACACAGAACAAAUACAAAAACUCUUUCGCAAUUCCUGGCCGCAAGGCCGCUGCACACCCCAGAAGAGCAAAAAUAAUUUCCCUAGCCCAUCGAUCGCCUGCCCAUCAUGCAGUACGUCAGGAAUCUGAGCGAUUCGGUCUCCACGGCAUGGAACUCGAUCAACCCGGCCACCCUUAGCGGGGCCAUCGAUGUGAUCGUUGUUGAACAGGAGGACGGCAGCCUGUCAUGUUCUCCUUUCCAUGUGCGCUUCGGCAAGUUCUCGCUACUGCGCCCGUACGAGAAGAAGGUCGAGUUCAAGGUCAAUGGCGUCAAGCAGCCCUACUCGAUGAAGCUCGGCGAGGGCGGGGAGGCCUUCUUCGUAUUCGAAACUAGUGACACCAUCCCCAAGAGCUUGCAAACGUCGCCAUUGGUGUCGCCCGCCUCUAGCCCCCCACUAGGAGCUCUGCAAAACGGUCAGCCGCCGCUGCAAGAACCCGAAUCCCUCGAUCUCAACGACCCUAUCGGAAAGGCGCGCUCGGCGAGCUUCACCCGGCCGCCACCUACAGUCCUUCACUCGAUCGGGCGAGAUGGGCUUCUCACGCCGAGAUCAACCUCUCCGGAACUUUCUAGGGGAGUUCCGUCCUCCACCGACGGUUCACCCCAGCGACCGCACAGCGAAGAGAUUCUACCGCGAGCAGGGCGGAAGCUGUCCAGCGACCAAGGUUCGAGCGAAGACGAAGAUCCGUUGUACCUAGAUCGGUCCAACAGCCCGCCACCCUUGGCCCCGGCCGAGGCUCGACAGCGCGCCAUCAACCUCUCCAGGGAACUGGCCGCCGUCAACAUCCCGAGCCACGUCACGGAAACGGGUGACCUGAUGCUGGAUAUGACGGGGUACAGGAACAACGACGAGGACGCUAUCCGGGCCGAGAUCCUUGCGCGCAAGGUCCUAUCGGAAGAGCUUGACGGUAACUACGAUAUCGGGGCUCUCUUUGGCGUUGACGAGCGUGGGAACCUGUGGAUCUACAGCAGCGAGGAGGCGAAGAGUGCUGCGAUGCAGAGAGCUAUGGAAUCGUCAUUACGCGGCCCACCUGGCCUAGCCAUUGACGCUGCGUCCGACCCGGGUUACCAGAGCGACAGCAGCGACGCGACAGCAUCCCCGACUACCUCGAGUCACAGGAGGGCCGAGUCCGACCUCGGUCAGAUGACUCUCCAGACGCCUCCCAGCUCACCGGGCACCCCGGCCGCCGGCGACCCUAACAGGAACUACGCCAAGACCCUGCGGUUGACUAGUGACCAGCUGAAGGCCCUCGACUUGCAGCCGGGGGAGAACUCGAUGAGCUUCACAGUGAACCGGGCGACUUGCCAGGCCUACAUGUAUCUGUGGAAACACGAAACCCCGGUGGUGAUCUCGGAUAUUGACGGGACUAUUACCAAGUCGGACGCACUCGGCCACGUGCUGAACAUGAUUGGACGGGACUGGACACAUGCAGGUGUCGCGAAGCUGUAUAACGACAUCGUGUCCAAUGGUUACAACAUCAUGUACCUCACUAGUCGGUCCGUUGGACAAGCGGACAGCACGAGGACAUACCUCGCUGGGAUCACCCAAGACGGGUUCCGCCUCCCAAGGGGCCCCACCAUCCUGUCGCCGGACCGGACCAUGGCCGCUCUACGCCGCGAGAUCUACUUGCGCAAGCCGCACAUUUUCAAGAUGUCCACGCUGCGUGACAUCCGCAGCCUGUACGGCCCGGACCGGACGCCCUUCUACGCCGGUUUCGGCAACCGGUUCACGGACCAGAUCUCAUACCGCACCGUGGACGUGCCGCGCACCCGUAUCUUCACCAUCAACUCCAACGCCGAGGUGUCGCUAGACCUGCUGAGCCUCAACCGCAUGAAGCUCAGCUACGUCAACAUGAGCGAGGUCGUCGACCACUACUUCCCGCCCGUCGGCACCCUCGUCAAGGGCGGCGGCGAGGAGUACACCGACUUCCGCUACUGGCGCGACACCCCGCUCGAGCUGGACGAGUUCUCCGGCAGUGACACUGAGGGCGAGGGUGACGAAGACGCCGGCGACGUCCACGACGACGAGUAUGUCGAGGACGAGGAUGAGGAGGUCGGCGAGGGCCUGGGGGAUAGCUAUCUCUCGCGGAACUCGAUGGACGACUACGGCGAGGGGAGCAUCUAUGAUGAGGAGCGGAUGAUGGGCUCCAUGAUGGAGGAUGAGUACGCCGACGACGAGGACGGCGAGUACGAGGAGGGCGACGAAGAGGUGGUUGAUGAGGUGGUUGGCGAGGCUGAAGACCGGCUGCCGACUCCGGUCGGUAACCGCACGUCGGCGGAUGGCGUGCAUGAUGUUGACGCUGAGUUGAUCACGGGUGUCAAAAACUUGAGGAUGGAUAAGAAGUAAACUAGUCGGAUAUUCGUUGUGUGGGACGGGGUAUCUUCGGGGGUGCAUCCAAAGUUUGGAGACGGAGUUGGCGCUUAUUGUGGGCAUUCUAUGAGGCCAUAGACCGUAGACUGUUUGGGAGGAUGUUUCUUCCGCAUAUUGCAUAGCGCGGCGUAAGGCGGGAGUUUUGACUUCAUAGCAUUAGAGAUGCAUAUUCAUGGCUAUUUCUGGGUACUCCGAGUGCAG